GUCGACGUCGUUGAUUGGUGGAUAUUAUCCGGCAAAUUGCCGUUAUCGAGCGACAUAUUGACACUUUUCGACAUGCUGCAUCCGUGGAACCUCCUUGGUGCACUGCGCCGACCUGCGCGGUUGCUAAACCGACUGACCAGUGCCCAUCACAAGUACCUGGACAUGGUGUGUGCGUCGCUUUCUCAUAGCCCGCUCUUCUUCCCCCAGGGAUUCUUCAGUGACGGUUGGGGCGACGUGCACGUUCCAUACAUGUUGGAAAAGCGUCUCGCGACCAACGACAAGUAUGCGAUCCAGCCCAUCGACGCGAUGACGUUGACGCUGCUUCAUCCUACGCCAUAUUCGUCUCGUCUGAAACGCCGGGCCAAAGGACACACGCGUGUUGCCGGUCGGUUUCCCACCACCCUCCGCGACGGCGACUUGCUCCUUCCACCCGAAAGUCAACAUGCCUGUUUUGAACUCGUCCUUUCCGACGGCACCAUGCUGGUGAAAGACGCCUCACAGAACCCUCGCAUACGAGUUCGUGGUCGCGGGGAAGCGUUGGUCGUGCUACUGCCAGGCACAGGGGAGCACGGAUGUGCGCACCGCCGACGCGCGAUCGCCGCGCCUCUCGCUCAUGCUGGCGUGUCGACGUUGGUAUUGGAAGGCGCGUUUUACGGACAGCGCAAGCCAGCCUUGCAAAAAGGCUCGAAACUUCGACGAGUCAGCGACUUGCCGAUUCUGGGCAUGGCCACCAUCGAAGAAACCAAGUCGUUGCUAUGGUGGGCCAUACACGAGUGUGGGUUUGAACACGUGGUUGUCGCAGGAGGCAGCAUGGGCGGCCUGCACGCGGCCAUGGCGGCGUCCCUGAGCCCAUUUGACGUGGGGGUGGCGGCGUGGAUCGCGCCGCCGUCUGCGAUACCGCCGUUUAUCCACGGACUGCUGUCGCACUCAUGCAACUGGGAGUCGCUUCGUCGUGAGCGCGACGACCUGGCGCUGAUUGACAUGCUGCUGGCUAACCACGACCAACGAUCAUAUCGAGGACACGUGGCGCCUUUGCCUAGCCACGUACGGAUACAAUGUAUAACAUCAUUAUGGCGAUUUAUGUUUCUAGGGUAGGGUGUCGUCCGACACAUGACCCUAUUUGUAGUCUUGGAUGCGAUACAGUGACCACGGGUUCCAUGCCGUGGAUCUGUCUAACUUUCGUUUGUGGAUACGUUUUGAAGCUUUGAUUUCGAAGUUAAUAUAUUUUUAUGAAAUAUAGUUUUGUUGUUAACGCGUCGUGAUAUAUAUGCAUCGUCUGAUUCUGGAGGGGACAUCACAUAUUUUUCAAUCGAUACUCUUUAUAGGACGUCAAAGCCCGACUGGCAGCAUUUCUGUCCUUGACCAACAUUGAAAACUUCCCGCCGCCGCGGCGGUCCGACGCGGUUAUCUUUGCACAUGCGACGGAGGAUCAAUAUGUGGGCGAGAACGCGCACCAGUGGGAGUUGGUGCGGCGGCGAUGGCCGGGCGCGCGCUUCCAACACGUCAAGGCGGGCCACGUGAGUGGGAUUUUGUUUGAAACGCAAGAGUUCUUGGCCACGAUCAGCGAAGUUCUGCAGCAACUCAAGCAACCCCCAUAUAUAACUUCGCCAUAGUAGAAUAUUACAUUGCCAUACCUUUUCAUACUACUAAGUAUUGUGCAUUUACCCAAA